AUGAUACUCCAGCUCGCGGAGGAAGCCCCGCGGCCACGGUCGGAGCUGAGAACGACGGCCGCGGCUGUUCUCCAAGAGGCGGCCCCCGGCGAGCUCGAUCUGCGUCGGAUCCCAGCAUCUGCCGCGCGAUGUGUCCGCUGCAGCCCGGAGCUUCGGGCAUGGCUGCAUCCUCCUCCGCGCAUACACGAGGCCGCGCUGGACCGUGCGUACACGAGGCCGCGUUGGACCGUGCGUACACGAGGCCGCGUUGGACCGCGCAUACACGAGACGCGCCCGCACCACGGCAGCUGCGGCGGAAUGGCGCCCCCGGCGACCAGGCAGCCGAUGUACAGGAUCCUCUGCAAGGCCGGCGAGGAAAGCUUCAGCCUCGCCGCCAGGGACGGCAAGGUCUGUCUCGUCCGCAACGAUCGCGACGACGACACGCAGCACUGGAUCAAGGACAUGAAGUACAGCAUAAGGGUGAAGGAUGAGGAAGGCUACCCUGCCAUGGCACUCGUCAACAAGGCCAGCGGAGAGGCUCUCAAGCACUCCCUCGGCCAAUCUCACCCUGUUCUUCUGACCAGGUACAAUCCAGACAUCCUGGACGAAUCGGUUCUUUGGACUGAGAGCAGGGACGUCGGGGCAGGCUACCGCUGCAUCAGGAUGGUGAACAACAUCUACUUGAACUUUGAUGCACUCCAUGGCGACAAGGACCAUGGCGGUGUGCGCGAUGGAACCACCCUCAUUCUGUGGGAGUGGACUGAGGGGGACAACCAGCGCUGGAAGAUCGUUGCCUGGUGAACGAUGCAUAUGCUACAGCUUGUUGGUUCAAACAGCGCGCCAUCUGAAUAAUAAGCAAGUACUGAAUGUUUCUGGAAUAAAAAGGAUGGCGCCGAUGUGUGCGGUAUUUCUGUUUUGUUUGAGCAGUUAUAUAUAUUAAUGAACUUGUAAUGAUAUAUUUAUUGGCGUAGAUUAUGUGUGAUGGAUCCAUGAACACACCAGUGCUUGUUAUUAUGCAUGUAUAUACAUGCCAUCUGACAUGUUUGUGAA